AUGAGUAUCCAGGAACAUACAUUUACUGAUACACAAGAUCUGUUAUUAUCUGAAAUACGUCGAUUAUUUGUCGAUUCGUUUUAUGAUUACUAUCAACUCAUCGAAUCUGAACUCAAUCGUCCCCAAGGUGAACAAGUAACGUCUUGGCUGGACAAGAUAUUUGAUCAUGUUCAAAAUGAUCUGUUGACCAAUCAAUCGCGUAUAUUUCUUAUGCGUGAUGAAUCAUUAACACUGAUUGGUUUAUUAGUAGUGAAAGAAGUGUCGAAGCAUGUAAUUUAUAUUGCCCAAUUAGCGAUACAUCCUUUAUUCAAACGACAAGGCUAUGGCAGUUUAUUUAUGAGUCAUCUAAGAGCGACAUUUGGGCCGACAGUCAAUUAUGAGGUGUUAACCCGACGAGUUAAUAAGCCAGCAGUGGACUUUUACGCAAGAUAUGGUGCACAAGUGAUCGAUGAUAAACAAAUAGUUGUAUAUGGUUACGAUCCCAAGGAUUUCAUUGGCUUUCGAUUGACUCAUGUUGAUUAG